AUGGCCGCCAAGCGGACCGUCCUCAUCUCUGGCUGCUCCGACGGCAGCCUGGGCUCGCACCUGGCCCUCGCCUUCCACCGGCAGGGCUGGCGAGUCUUUGCCUCAGCCCGCAACCCGUCCAAGAUGGAGCAAGCCCGGGCAUCGGGCCUCGAGGUGGUGCAGCUCGACACCACCGACGACGCGUCCGUGGCCGCCUGCGUGGCCCGCGUCUCGGAGCUCACCGGCGGCUCGCUCGACGCCCUCGUCAACAACGCCGGCGCCGGCUACUCGAUGCCCGUGCUGGACCUCGACCUGGCGCAGACGCGGCAGCUGUUUGAGCUCAACGUCUUCUCGCUCCUCGCCGUCACGCGGGCCUUCUUCCCGCUGCUCGUCAGGUCGCAGGCGCCCGGAGGCGGCCUCGUCGUCAACAACACGUCGUGCAUGGCGCUGCCGCACGCCUCCAUGCCCUUCUCGGGCGCCUACAACGCGUCCAAGGCGGCGGCGGCAAGCUUCAGCGAGGUGCUGCGCCUCGAGCUCGCGCCCUUUGGCGUCCGGGUGACCAACCUGGUGACGGGCUCCGUCCGGUCGACGUUCCACGCCAACGCGCCGCGCGUCUCGCUGCCGCCGACCUCCAUCUACAACGUGGCCAAGGAGGCGGUCGAGAGGUGGAUGUCGGGCGCCGAGGCCACGGCCACGGGCGCGGACCCCGUGCAGUGGGCCGAGGGCGUCGUCAAGGACCUCAGCAGGGAGAGGCCGCCGCUCUGGGUUUGGCGAGGCAGGCAUGCCAUGGCUGCGCGGAUC